CGAAAAGGUUGCUUAAAAGACUUGUAUCCAGGCCAUAAACUCAAAAAAAAGAGGCGGAGAGGAGAUCAUUGUUUUACAUUCCGUCAAUUGUCAAAUUAAUCAAUGUUUAUUGAGUUUAUGCGAAUAGUAAAUAAAAGAAAAUGUGAUAGUAAUAUAAUUACCUGUCGUAAGAACGUACUAAUUGGAACCAUGGCAGUCUACUUAACGAAAAAAAUGUUAUCAAAGAUGAAUAAAGUGAAGUAUCCGUGCGGUUCGCCUGUUCAGAUUGAGACUAUUGGUCGUGAUGAUCCAUGGCCUAGCCUUAUAAACGAGAGCAACAAUAGUUUGUUGCAUCUCUCAAAGGAGAUGAUAUGUAGAGUGUGUGCCAGAAGUGCCUGCCAUCCCCUGAGUGAUCGUAUCAAUGGUUACGAUAUUAUGAGUGCUAUUCGCAGUAUUUGCAAUAUUACUAUUGAAGUUGAUGAUUCCUUGCCAAAGUUCAUUUGUACUGAAUGUUUGGAUAGACUCAAGAAUGCAAUAAAUUUCAAAAGCACAUGUGAAGCAUCUGAUAAGAAAUUUAAGAAAAUAUUAAAUCCAACAGGCAACCCAGUGACACCAUCAUAUCCCUAUUCAAAGCAUGAUUUCCAAUUGAUACUGCAUCAGAUUAAGAAGAAGAGGAUGAAACUUGCGGAACAGGCUGCUAAGGAAGAGAUGAGGAGAGAAAGACUGCAACAAAAGAAGCAACCUAAAGUGAAACAGUUCAAGUGUUCAACUUGUGACUUGACAUUCCCAAAUAAGGAAAAGCUGAUGGAACACCGACGGGAGCGCCAAUGUAUGCGUCGCGCAUGUGAUAUCUGUGGCCAAUUGGUCUUGAGCAUUGCUCAACACAUGCGUCACAUACACAAGCAGACUGUGCCACACCAGUGCCCUACUUGUGGCAAAGAGUUCCCUAUUAUUGCUAGACUUAAGAAUCACAUGUUGGUCCAUACAAACACAUUCAACUUCUUCUGUGACCUGUGUCCGUACAGGUGUAAACACAAAUACUAUCUAGUGAUGCACAUGCGCACUCACACUGGGGAGAAGCCAUACAAGUGUACCCAGUGUCCUGCUACUUUUGUUAACCCAUCCAAUCUCAACAAACACAAGCUUACCCAUCAGGCUAAACAAUUUAAGUGCUCUCUUUGCGAAAAAUCGUUCCGCACGAACACGGCGCUUCGGGAACAUCACGAGGCCACGCAUAUGAACAUCAAACACACAUGUAACUACUGCGGACGUGACUUCUGUUACAAGUCGGACUUACGCAAGCACGAAAUAAGGAACCACAACCGGAUGAAACGUGACUAUGUUGGCGGGGAACCAACAUACAAGCAAGUGGAGAGGAUGCAGAAAAUGCAAGAGACUGAUGAAAUGGAAAAAUGGCGUUCGCAAGAGAUGGCCAUGGCGCAGAUGCCAGUGCCACAGAACACGUACAUCGAACAGCCCAAGGAGUACAUCUCCAAUCAUACUCUGUUCUUCCCCGAUGUCGGCAUGAUGCAGCCGCAGCAACAUCCGCAUAUGGUUCAACAACACACUGUGGAGCUGACACUGCCUGAACUGGGAAUGAAAAAAGACGAAGUGAAGUUGUACGAAGCCCAGCAAGGAAUCGGUUUUUACUAAGAUUAUCUGCAUUUUUUAUUCUCAGAGCAUAUUAUUUAGUAUUUACUUUAGUUAUCUACUAUGUACAAGUAUAUCGUGUUUAUCCAUAAAUGCUUUAAAUUAAUAAUCAAGCUAAUUCAUGUAACGCUGAAGUUAUAAUAAAGAUAAUGAUUUUAUUCUAUUGUACUUAA